GAAAAACAUUUGGAUUUGUGUGGCAAAGACUUCACAUUAAAUCAUCAUAAAAUAACUAUGUGGGUCCUUGGGAAGAUCAGGGAGAGCAUGGAGAGCAUUCCUUUAGAGCUGAGUCGCUACAUAGGAAAGAGUGAGGAUGACGUCUUUCUCUCUUCCAAGACGAGUUUCCCUCAGAAUCUACACAGCAACAUCCUUACUCCCGACAAGAUCCCAGAGUUCUGCCUGCCUCCUCGGCUUUGCAAGAGAAGCCCUCUGCCAGAAACUGAGAAAAUCCCACUGUACCUGCAGGAUCUGAAACAGAUAACUAAGAGCAUUUCAAGUCCCACUUAUGUAAAGUCAAAGAAUGGUGACGAGUCCGUGGCUUUGAAGACCACACAGAAACCUUUACCAUUCUCUGCUGAGGGUUAUGGCCUGACUGGGAUAUAUGAGAGCCUCAACACUCGAAGGAAAGAGUCUUUGUUCCUUUCAAAAUGCCCUGUUUACAUGUUUGAUAGAAGUGUUCCUGCUACAGCUCCCAAGCUGGCAAAGGAGACAAACCCACCCAAGAAAAUGUCAUCUGGGUUUUUCCCACUGUUCUCAUGCAAAAGUCUGUCUGAGACGUGGAGCACAGAAAGAGAAACAUCUUCUUCCAGUGACUCCUCUCCCUUCAGUUCCAAAUUCUCCCACUACAUCGCAUCAAGCAGGGGCCGUCUUAAAGGAGCAGUGUCUUGUCCAUCGUUAAUCGACAGCAAGGAGGACAGAGGGAGGCGGAAGAAGGGGGGGAUGAGUUUAACCACCUCUUCCAGUGGACCUCCAACCUUGGAGAAAAGCUCUCCGGUCCUCCUUCCACUGGACGUCCUGCAGGGUCAUCAGAGGUCUCAGCGGGAGCACGUCCUCCCCUUGCAAGGCCGCGGCAGAGUGCGCCUCUUUGCCGAACACGCCACCUUCAACGACCCACAGUCUUCCCUCUCCACUGUCAGAGUACGUGUGGUGUCUGUAGAGGGUGUAUGGGAUGGUGCUGCCCGACAGACCCUGAACUGUGCAGUGAAUCUGUGUCUGACCCCCGGGAAGCUGCAGCAGCAGGAGAGCACCACCAUCAGGAACUGCCGCAGCCCGGUGUUCAAUGAAGAUUUCUUCUUCACACAGCUCAGUCACACGGAUCUACAGGAUCUGCAGCUCAAGUUGAAAGUGGUGGAUAAAGCCGCAGCUGGAACACUGAGGAGGGGGGCAGUGAUCGGAGUGAUCACUAAACCACUGUCUCAGCUGCUCGCUUUCAACAAAUCAGUUGAUUAACAGAUUUUAUGGAGCACAGUAAAAACGGUUGAAAUGGACUUCAGAAGAUGUACUUUUUGGAGGCUAUGGGUACACGUAUCUGCUGUAUGCUAUUUCUCCCCAACAAGCAGUAGCACAAUGAAUUAGUUAGCAACAGACUAGUGAACACACUGCAGAAGCAUUAUUAACUCUGCAAUGAGUGCCAAGGUUGUGCUGUUUCUUUAGGAUGUACAAAAAUGCAGCUGUUUAGUUAUGUUCACAAUAACACAGGUGAUAAUGACAGCUAUUGUCUUUGUCUGCUACAUCCAAGUAGCCAAUAAAUAUGAGAUAAUGUUGUUAUGCAUCAUGAUGGACUUUUUGAGUAUUCCUUCUAAUUAGGUUACAUAACUGUACUCACUAAUUAUGCUAUUGAUAUUAAAAUUGUAGCACAAGUUGAAUGUUAUGAGCUGUAGUGCUUUUAUGGUACUAAUUAAACUGUCAGGUUUGUAAACAUGAUUUGUGACUAUUAACUCUGAUUUAUCACACAACAAACAAACACAGCAGGAAAAGACAAUCAACAAUCCAAAGGCAAACAAUAAAGAAAUGCAGGGGCUUAAAAAAAAGCAAAGGGACGAACCAGGUAUGCAGGUAACGCUGGGAAAACACACGUAGAAAACGGCUGGUGAGGCGACACAAGACGAACACGAACAGGAGGAGAAGUGGGUUUAUGUAGACACAGGGGCGGGAAGCCAAUCACACACAGGUGUAUCACAUUAGGGCGGGAAAAC